AUGGAUUUCGAGUCACCAAAUACUGCCCUUAAUCUUGCCCUACCCAACAACCACCAUCACCAGCUGAACUUGGAUCUUGUUCUUGACCAUCUACCAUCAUCUUCCUCUUCCUCAUCGUCUUCUUCAACUCUAGGUGUUCCUCCUGCGGCCGAUCAUAUGAUCCGGCGCGUAUUUUCUUGCAACUAUUGCCAGAGAAAGUUCUACAGUUCGCAGGCACUCGGAGGUCACCAAAAUGCUCACAAGCUGGAGCGCACGUUAGCCAAGAAAAGCAGGGAGCAGCUAAGCUCCGCCGUCCUACCUCAUCAAGGUGGCAGCUUGAACCAACGGCCGGGAUCGAGCGGCCCGCCACCUCUUGGCGGGCUAGCAAAUGCUGGUAGGUUUGGAGCUCAUAUCAUGAACUGUGGUUAUAGGCCUGCAGAAAAUGUUGAGGACAAGAUUGGCUACCUUGAUUUGUCUUUAAGGCUAUGAUUUC